UAUUUCAAGUUGCGGUAGCGGUUGAUUGUGUUGUGCCGAUGUUUUAAUUAAAAAUAUAAUUUUUAUAUGAGAGAAAGUUAUAAAUCCAAACCAUGAGUCGAAAUCCCAGAAUGGAAGAAUUUAAAAUGGAUGGAAAACCAUUAAAGAGACGUAAUUUUUCAAGCAUGUUAUACAAUGACGAAACUGGAGCGAUUUUGGGUCGAACUCCUGAAAGUUGGGGCAAGAUCCUGAUCUUCUAUGUGAUAUUCUACGCAGCAUUAGUGGCUCUGUUCUCCAUCUGCAUGGUAACUUUCCUGCAACAGUUCAUCAACCCUCGCGUGCCGCGUCUCCAGCAAGAGUACAGCGUUAUCGGCACCAGCCCAGGGCUGGGCUUCCGACCGCAACCGCAGGACGUUAGGAGCACCCUCAUCUGGUAUAAGGGCACGAGUUAUGAGAGCUACAAGUAUUGGGAAGAUCAGUUAAUUGAUUUUUUGUCGGUGUACAAGAAGAAAGGUCAGACAGCAGGCGCUGGUCAGAACAUAUUCAACUGCGACUUCAAGAACCCGCCGCCGAAGGGCAAAGUGUGCGAUGUGGACAUCCGUGGCUGGGACCCCUGCAUCGAGGAGAACCAUUUCUCUCUCCACAAGUCCUCGCCGUGCAUCUUCCUUAAACUGAACAAAAUCUACGGCUGGCGUCCCGAGUUCUACAACGACACGGCGAACCUGCCCGAAGACAUGCCCAAGGACGUGAAGAGCCAGAUCUUGAACAUGACCAGCUACAACAGGGAUUAUGCCAACUCGGUAUGGGUGUCGUGUCAGGGCGAAACUCCAGCCGAUAAGGAGAUGAUAGGACCGGUAAAAUACUUCCCGUAUCCCGGCUUUCCGGGGUACUUCUACCCCUACGAGAAUGCGGAGGGGUACCUCAGUCCUCUAGUUGCCAUACAUUUGGAGAACCCUAAGUCCGGUGUCGUCAUAAAUAUAGAGUGUCGAGCGUGGGCGCAAAACAUCCAGUACAGCAGAAAAGAGCGGUUAGGUUUGGUACACUUCGAGAUUAUGUUAAACUAGUUGGUAUCAAAAAAUAUGUCUGUAGAGUGUACUUUAAGUGUAAGUGUCCGGACUACAUAGUAGACCACAGUAGACCGGAUUAGACCGGAGUAGACCGACAGUAGACCGAGUGGAUUUGAUGAAAAUGUUGAUGUUCAAAUCAUCACUGGUAAGUUUUUGUUUAUAUUAUACAUUUUUGACACGGUCUUUUCAGUAGACUGACUCGGUAACGCUUUAAAUAUGUGUCUGUAUUGAUAUUAUGACUUAUUUAACUUUAAAAAAGUAUUUUUUGUUGGUUAUCCAGACAAGGUAUUCAAUUUUAAAACUACCUACGCAACUUUUCAGAAUUUACGUUUUUUUGGGAAUAACGAAUCGUUUUGUAACCAGUGUCGCCAUUUUAAAAAUUAUUAUUAUUAUCAGUUUAAAGUGAACUUUAAAAACUGUAUGCUUUUCUAUUACUUAACAGAUUUAAGAUUUAGAAUCUCAUUUUGACUAUUGCUGUGCAUUUAUCACAAAACGUUUCCUACAUAUCAAUAAUACAGGUAUAUUAAGUGACAUACUAGACUUCAUUAUGAACUGUUUUCUAUUUUAAGAUUUGACUUGAUAGAUACUUCAAAUCUCUACUUCCAUUUCUGAUAUUACAAAGAUAUUGCAGGAUCAGAUUUAGGCUAGAUUUAUUAGGGCCAUAACACCCCUACUGCCACUAUCAGACACGUCACUAAUAUUUUAUUAUUAUACAAUUUUUGUACUUUAACAUCCAGUGCGAAUUAACGCAUAAUAAUUAUACCAAACAGCAUAAACCUAGUAAAAACGUGGCUUUUGAAGAAAAAUAUUCACUGUCCUUUUGGGGAAAUAAUCAUAUAAAAAAAAUUGCUAAACAUCUUUAAAAUUGAGUAACGUCUCUGAGUGCAGCAGUAAGAAACGUGUAAUCAUAAUAUUAUGUAUUUAGUUAUAGACAUUUUUUACCUCUACAAUAGCAGCUAUAUUUUUUAUGUUAAUCAUGAAUAUUUAUUAUUUGCUCUCUUACAUUCCUUAUUGGUUUUAAAAUAACAUUUCAAUUUCAGUAACACUAAAUACCGUAUAAUUGGCACACAUAGUAAUUUUUAAUUUUGUUUAUAGUAUCCAAUAAGUUUAAAUUGUAGUCAAUUUUCUGGCUUGUAUAGAAGUAAACCACACUUAAUAAUUUGUAAAAAAUACAAGUGCCUUAUUGACGCCUACAGCAUUUACUUACUUCGGUCCUGGCUCAUACUAUAACUAAUUAAGUAAUAUGCGUCUCAUGUGAUUGUAUGCACUCGUGCCUUAGAAAUUUAUUUUGUAUUUAUAUAAGUAAUAUUUGUGUUUCCAUACAUUUGUUCGUAUUAUAUAGGGUGUUAUAAUUUAUUGUGUUCAGACUUGAAUAUUAACUUAAACUUUGAUAACUUGAAUUAUUUGGAUGAAAACUGACAGAUAUACAGAGAAACAAUUUAGAUUUAUUCAAGCCUGGGUCAUAUAAAUAGUUAAUUAUUAUCUGAUUUACGUAGUGGCGGCCUUAACCAAUGGAAGGCUCCUGGCGGAAGCUAAAAAACCUCCCCGGUUUCCACUUUUUCGGAGUAUUGGAGGUUCACAGAGGGAUGACCGAAAAAAAAAUUAUAACUCGAGGUCCCCAGGUCCCUGCUAUGGGCGCCACUGAUUCUAUGCUGUCAUUUCUAAAAGCGAUUUCCCAUAGUAAUGGUAACAAGAGAUUUAUUUAAAAUUAAUUGAACAACUGAUAUUUUUUUAUGAUUCUAUUGUAACGACGAUGGCCUGUUCUCAUCUGUGGUUCUAUUUUUUUUUGGAAAUAAUUGAUUCGACUGAACACUAAAUAGUAUCACCCUGUAUAGAUCUGAUAUUGUGAAUAUCAUAAGACAGUAAGACUGAUAACCAACCGUGGCAACUUGUUUAUCUCUUUAAUGGGUUUGUCAGGCAUUUGCUAGGAAUAAUGAACCGGAAGGGAAAAGAAUUUCUAGAUUUUUAUGUUCAUAUUCUAAGCUAAAAUAUUUCUACUACUUCUGUUAUUAUAUUAUAGCUUCUACAGUUUUUUUUACCAAUGACUCUAAAAUCUUUAUUGAUUUAAAAUAGGUCGGCUUGUCAAAUGUGCCUGACAAAAUAAUAUUUUUUAUGAAAAUAAUGGUCCAAUGAUACAGAAAGGAAAUUAUGUAAAAGGAACACUUUUUAUUAUACUACGCCUGACAAAUUUAUUAAUUAUUGUAAUUUUUAUACUGUUUUUUUUUUAUAUUUAUUUUAUUUUUGUAUUUUUUUUAAAAUAUGUAUGAAAUAGGCUUUGUUCCCAAUGGAGUCCUGGAAUCUCAUAAGUUUAUCGUGCAAAGAGGAGAAAUGACUUGUGGGAAUAUGGCUAAUUUAAUUUAGGCGUAUGCUAUAUAAUAUUUUAAACUUUUUAAACAAAGACAAAAAAUGUCAUAUCCAUGUAACCCUUAUUGAUAUAUGUACUUAUUAUAUUUUUAGUAAUUUUCCAUAGUGAAAUAAGUAUAAUUUUUUUGACAAUGGCUAAAGGAGAAAUAAGAAAUAUGGAUAUUAAAAAAAAUGCCCAAAAAUGGUGUUUAUAAAUAUUAAAGCUGCCAAGAUUUUCUGACUAAAUUUAUGAGAGCACCUUACAUUAACGAUCUAGUGUCGAAUAUUUAAAAUUUUUAAUUUUUUGUUUUUUUUUUUCCAAUUCAAUUAGGUAUAAUUUUCCAUAACAAGAUAGAAAGUCGAGAUUGUUAUUUUUCUGUUUCUUUUUUUUCUAACUUUGUGUUCGCAGCCGUCCAUGUUGAAUCUCAAUGACAAUGUAAUGUACAAACUAUUGUUUAUAUCCUUAUUCAUAUUUUUUAUACAUAUAUGGUUUAUAUUAUUAAGUUUCUAUUGUAACUACAAAAGACAAUUUAGAACUGAGUGUGAAUAUUUCCGUCCAUGGUAAUGUAUUCUCUAUUUUAAUGAAAGACAUGUACCAAAAAUCUAUUAAGUAUUAGAGCAAUAACGUAUGCUUUAGGACGAUUGACCUUCCCCGUAUUACUCGCCUUUAAUAUCUCAACAAAAAUAAAUUACGUUGCUUAAUAAAUAUUACUAAAAUCAUUAAAGUAACUAUAAAAAACAUCCUCUUUUUAGAAUUAUGACAUUAAAAAAUGUUUCCAGUUCAAAGACUAUAAAUAGUUCACAUGAAUGGUAAUGAAAGAGCUAACUAAUAACUUCCGUAUUUCAAGAUCAAAUAGGUUAAUCGUUUGGAUUGGCAGCCCAAUGUCGCGGCUGGGACCUCUUUCGAUUACAGCUCUCCGGUUUUAUUUUUAAACUAGGCACAGAAAUGCCGUCCAUAUUGUCUAUUAUCAGAUUAAUCGAUACCAGCAAUUAACACUACGUUAAAUCGAUUUUUGGCUAAUUUCCGUUAGAAUGUAAAAAUAUUAUUUCUUUAUCUUUUAUAAACUUACAAAACCUCUUUUUUUUGCUAUAAAAUAAAGAAUUCGUGUAUUACACAAAAUGCUCAUUAAGAAUGCUUUAGUAUUAUAAAAUUGAUUUUAUUUUUCACUUUAAAUGUUUCUCCGGUAAAGUUGAGAUUUUUAAGUUAGUGUUAAUCCAGCUGUCGUCUGAAGAUUUCGCUUCGACAGUCGAUAAAGAAGUUUCCUAUGGAACUAAAGCGACUACGUACUUGUCAAUAUAGAUCAUACGUUAUUGUUCUAUACUGAAUUUGGUGUGUAAUGUAAUUGUGUGCCUUUAUUUGUAUGAAAAAUAAAAAGAUUUUUAAACAUG